AUAGUCUGCAAAGUCUCUUUUCAAAAUGAUAGACAAAGAAGCUGUUCAAUUUACCUGAUUUUUCAUCCUUAGAACUAUUGCAAACCGGAAUUCAAUCAAUGCAAAUGUUCUCCAGGCUAACAAAUCGUUCGAAACGAGACACGGACGAUGAAAAACGACAACGAUUGUGGAAUUUACAACGAAAACAACAAGAAGAACAACUAAAAUUCUUAUGUGAAACGAAUCGGCAGGAAAGUCUAUUUAAAAGAAUUGAUUUUGAUGAAAAAAUAAAUCAUAGAUCAUCGACCAGCGAAUUUGGUUCACCUAAAAAAUCGCCAUUAGCUGAACAAGUGGUUGACGUAAGUACCUAGAAUGUCUUAGAUACCUUUUUAUGAAUCAUAUCCGUUUAGCUUUCACAAGAGGCACAUGUAAAUAUUGUUUUAUAGAAUGAUUCAGAUUGUUAAGACUUUAAACAAGAGGCCUAUGGUGAUCUAAAAUUUCAUCUUUUGUAUAUUAUUGAAUUUUUUGUAAACAAACGAUCGAGAGGUGGAGACACCAAUUGUUAGAUGCUUGAAGAGGUUUUAAGUAACUAUAUAAUAAAUUUACUACUAGAACGUUCAUACAAGAUCUUCUUUAGAAAAUAUUUUAUUUAUCUAUUCAAAGAUAGAAUAAUUCAACUUUAUUCUAGAUAUUGAAUCUAAGAUUAAAGUAGAAAGAAAUAAAUUUUAUUAAAAAACAGAUAUAUUUUAUUUAUAUUCCUUAGUGAAUGUUUUAUUUAAGGUUAGCCGGUAAGAACGCGUUGAACCUUUCAAAUUUCGAUAAGAUAAACAAUUUUUACUCUAAAUCCAAAGAACAAAAAAGAAAUAGAACAUAUAUUAAAAAUUGUUCCAUUAAUUAAUAUUUUGUUUACAUUAAACUAAACAAUAAAUAUUUUUUUAUAUUAUAAAUUUAAAAAGGAAAUGUGACCUCGUUAUAAUAUAUUUUUGUAGGGUGAAUCAUACUUUUUCCUUAAAUAAUAGAAAAAAGUUGGAAGUAGUGCUUGCUUUGUGUGUUCCGGAGUUCUUUUUCUUUUGCUCUUAACAACCUUUAAAAGUGCGUGCAAUUCCAAACGAAUUUCAAAAUAAAUACUAAAGUUUGUAGGCUAACCUAUUUUUCUAUUUACCUAUCGUUAGAAGUAUAUAAGAUUACUUUUUUAGUUGUGACUGAACCUGACAAGCUACAAAUGAUUAAUAGAUAACUAUAAAAUUUUACAACUAAUAUGAAUUAAUAAGAGACUAGAGAGACAAAACAAUAAAGAAAACGUUCGAAAGCAAAUAUUAUAUUUAUAAAUAGACAAAGUGUCUGUUAAAAAGUUAAUUUUUAUUUCUCUCUUUCUACUACUAUCGUUAAACUUUAUAUGGUCUAAAAUAUUAGAACCAAUUUUAAAGAUUUUCUAAGCGCUUUCUUCGAUAUUGUGUGUGAUUUCGUGAGCACGAAAAAAUUUUAUGCUUGACUUGACAGAGACUCCAGAAUAAUCUGAAUAAAUAGGUUUUUAUUUUUUUGCCUUUUCCUUUUCUCUAUAAAAUAUAUAUGCGUAAAGAGAGUAUUUCUCAUUUAAGCUUAUAAGUUCUUAGAAUUCGUGUUAUUUGAUUAUAGAGAAUAAAUUUGGACUUGAGUUAUUUUAUUUAAUCUUACCAAAAUACUAUUGAUUUUUCAAUAAUCGACGCUCUCGCGAUUCUAGGAUAGACGUCGCUAGGUGAGAAAAAUCAAUGCUAUAUUAAAAUAGCAUUAUUUAGGCGGGGGAAGGGGGAGGGAUUGAUAUUCCAACCAUGGAGAUGCCUGGUCACUUUCCAUUCCGAUUUCUUGAGUGACGCUUCAAAUGGAUAGUUUAUCGAUAUACGGACAGAAAAGAAUUAAACCAACUGUUAAUGCCGUUUUCCAAUAUGGGAAAUUUUACUCUAAGGUUUCUUUUUUCCUACGAUUACAAUCUUUUAGACUAGACUAGUUGCUAUAUAAAUAUUUAUUCGGAAUUAAUUAAAUAAUUGAGGUUGGAGUAGCCUGCAGAAUAUUUCUAAUUACUAAACAUGCCUUUAAUUAUUGUAUUUUUCUUGUAACGUUGCAGCUUCUGUAGUUGUAAAGACGAUACAGUACUUCGCAUUAGUCUAUACAUUAGCGUUAUUACUUAUGUAUAUUAUCAGUCUAUUACCAAUAUACGGUUCAAUAAUAGCGAAUAUAAAAGAAUAUUUUUAGCUAUUUUUUACUAUAGUUUAUUAUUUAUUUGAAUAUAAUCUUUAUAAAUCCAAUCAAUCCUUUACGGUCUGAUGGCAGUUUAGUAGUAAUUUAUUCACGAAAGCAAGCAUUCUAAUUUAAAUAUAUGUUUUUUUAUUUAAAUUUUUGAAUUAAAAAAGUUGAUUGUUACUUUCAAUCGGUUCACACGACCAACAAAUUUUUAUCCGUAUCUGCAAUGCAUUUUACAGUCGCUCGAAGCUAUACUGUAUUUUGGCAGUAAAUGAUUAGCAUGUGCACUGACUUUUGCAGUUGGCUUUUAUGCGCCAAGCGAUACACUACUGCAACAGACUGAAAAACUUUUUAAAUUAUAAAAUGUUUCUAUGCCUAGUUUAAUAGCAGGAUCGUUGAUAAAAGUUUAUUAUUGAUAAGCUUUAUAUUGAAAUCUCAAUCGAAUUUAUUAUCGGAUUUGUUGUCAUUGUGUUUAAAUAUGAGAAAGUACUAUGGAUAUAACUGUGUUGAAAUUUUUCUAUUACCAUGGAAACUUUCAAGAAACUAAGUAUUUAGGACCGUUUAGAGUAGAAGGAGAUGAUGAACAAACAAGAGCUGAGUUUGUCCAGUCAAAAUUGCAAAAUACUAAUACAAGUCGAGCGUCAACUCCAGUUGUUCUAGUCAUAUCCGUUGCUGGUAUAGAAGCCUGGAAUAGGAACUUGAAUGGUCAAAAAGCGCAUUUACACUUAUCCUAUCCCCUUCGUCGAAUUUCAUACGCCCUUUGCGAUCCAGAUCUUCGUCUUUAUGCAUUUUUAGCUAGAGAAUCAAACGAUCCACCCACAGAACAAUGUUGUCAUGUCUUUCUUACUCAAACCGGUGAAGAGGCCGAAAGAAUGAGUAUGAUAACCGGAAAUGCUUUCAGUCUCGCUUAUGCAUUCUUGCAAAAGCAAGAUAAAGAUGAGCAGACGACUUUUCACGAGGCCGUUAGUAAAAAUAUAGACGAAAAUCGUCGAAUGAUGGAAGAAAGAAAUGAAAAGCAAGAUGAGUUAAAGAAACAAGUCUUGGGAUAUAUCUCUAACACCCAAACAGCCAGCGAAAGGAUGAAAGAUAGAAAAAAAUUCAAAGAACGGCAAUUGACCGAUGAAUGUAAAGAAAUAAGAGAAGGUUUUCGACAAUCAGGUCGAAGUAAGUGGGCUAAAAAGGAAGUAAAAAGAGUUCAGCAUAAACGGCCUUUUAGCUCCGGUGAAAAAGAUAAGAUUAACACACCAACUAUUACGUCUGCUCCGUCACCCUUGAUUAACGAUGUUCGAGAGGCAUUUCAGUCUCUGGAGUCAGCCAAUAGAAGUCCUGUAACCUGCUUAAAAGACACAAUCGAUGCUCAUUUUGAAAAUUAUGAGAGAUCAAUGCUUGAACAACAGCAAAGGGAAGAAGAGCGACGACAAUCUAUUCUUUCUAUAGUAGAAAAUAGUAUGACAUCCGAACAAGAAAGCUCAUCGUCAACUUCUAGGUCUAUUCGAAAUAGACCACUUCCCGAUGCUCCCUCGACUGGAAGUAGCUCACUAGAGAAAUCUGGUUCUGAUAGAAUUAGGAACGGAUCGGGAGAUCAUAAGGAUUUGAAUGAUAUAGAGCUUAUUAAACGACCCUCAUCCCCUCGACGAUCAACUUCAAUUACACCUCCCCCACUUCCGCCCAGAGAAAACAGACCAUCAACUAUUGAGACUAGUUCAACAGAAUUUGAAUUUUUUGCUCCAGAAUCUGACGAGGAAGGAAGGAGAUUAUCGGAUAAUGGCGUUACUCAAAAUUCCAAGGCUUCCAUUGAUGAAGACUUUACACAAUAUCCAUGGUUCUAUUCCGGUGUUCCAAGAGAAUCAAUUCUUGAAUUUUUAUCACAGCAAGAAUUUGGCUCAUUUGUCAUCAGGGAAAGUACGUCUGAAAUUGGUUGCUUUGCUCUGUCCUUAAAAGUGCCAAACUAUAGUGCCUCUCCAGGAGAACCUCGUUUUAUUUUAAAACAUUACCUAAUCGAGAAGACUCCGUGCGGAAGGUAUAGGUUUCAAAAAGGUCCUGACAAAGAAUGGGCGACUCUUGCCUCUUUAGUUACUCAUUUAACUGUGUUGAAAGAAGUACUACCAGUAGAACUUCGUCUACCUAGAACUGCUAGAAAUCCUUCAUUUAAAUUUUCUAUACAACCUGAGUUAAGAAUACGUCGGAGGGUGGAGGAUUCAGAUGAUGCUGAUGAUGAAGAUGAAGAAGCAGAUAUAAGGCAGGGAAUAUCCUCUAUAGAAGUUGCAUCGCCUUAUUAAAUCUACAACUGAAAGUCUUCCGCGGAUAGGAACUGUGCAAUAAUUGCAAAACAGCGUGAAUUUAUUACUACUGUGAAUACAUAUAUACAGUAUAUAUAUAUACUAAUAUAUAUAUGUAGGUACACAGUAUACUCCAAUGUAUAUAUAGGUACAUAAGUAGUACCAAAUGUCUAGUCGACUCAUAUCAAGGUAUUUCUUUGCUAUAAAAAAUAUAUAGCUAUCCAACUCUUGAGUAGAAAUUGAAACUUGAAAAGAAAAUUCUUGUUCAACGAUUAUAAACAAACAAUACUUAUCAGCAUUAACUCGUUAGCCUAAUUAAUUUUAAAAAAAUUAGAUAUUUGUUAGAUAUAUUUUAUUAAUAUAUUUCAAAUACUCCUUGAUUAUCAAUGCGUUUUUUUACUGUUAAUGCUGCGUCCAGUAAAAUGAAAUACGUCAAAAAAGAAAAGAAAACAUUUUA